CGUUUCCAACCCUCCCUCUCCUGCUCCUGUGUCGGCUCAUUGUUUACGUCUUCAUCACUGACCACGAUGUCGAACCGAGAUUACUACCAAGGUGGCCAGCAGCAGUAUUACCCCCCGCAGGGUGGCCCUCCCCAGGGUGGUUACUACCCACAGCAGCCUCCGCAAGCGUACGGAGGUCAGCCCUACGGUGGCCAGGGCUAUCAGCCUCAGCCACCACCUCAGACGGUCUAUGUACAACAGCCCGGGCAGCAGCAAAAGGGAGGAGGAGGUGGUGACUGUAUGGCAUGUCUAGCGGGAGCAUGUUUGUGUUGUUGUGCAGAAGAGAUGUGCUGCGACUGUCUCUUCUGAUGACUUCCACGGCCUUCCACACACAUGUUCUCUAUUGCAUACCAUUGAUUGGUCGUCCUGCCCUCAUACCCUUAUGCUUCCAUAUAUCGCUCUGGGCCGUAUUGUGUACACCAGGACUUUUCUCUCCCUCUCGAUCUUCGUAUAUGUAUGUGUGAACUUACAGCACCUAU